AUGGGUGCGGGCACUAAUUGGAGCACUUUUACUUGGAGGGUAGUUCAGAGAUUCAGAAGCAGAGAAGCGUUCAGAGAUAUUGUUGCACACUAUGCAAUAACACAAGGGACAAACUUGUGUUUUGCAAACAGCAACAAAAAAAAGCUCCUGAGGUUGGAAGCUAAGUGUCUUCCUAGUUGUCCAUUUAGAGUUUAUGGCUCAUGGGACAAGAGAAGGGCAUGCUUCCUUGUGAAGGCGGUGAAUGCCGAACACUGUUGCAGUAGGAACAUGACAAAGAACAAGCAAUUGAAGUUUGGUUAUUGGCUGGCAAGGCAACUGUUGGAGGUGUUUAAGUCAAGGCCUUACUGGCCAGGGAAGGAGAUCCAAGAAACAAGGAGACAAGCCUACAAAGUUGCAAUUGAGACAUCCCUAGCUUAUAGGGUGAAGUAUGUUGUACACAAAAUGCUUCAUGGAAGCAUGAAAGAGCACUACAAUAAGCAUGGCAGGUAUUUGCAAGCAAUUCAAGAUGCAGAUCCAAAUUGUCAUGUGGAUCUAUGCACACUUCCUUCCAAACAACCUGGUGGACCACCAAUCUUUCAAAGGUUGUUUAUAUGUUUUAGUGGGCUGAAGAAAGGGUGGAUUGAGGGUUGUAGGAAAUUGCUUUGCAUUGAUUCUUAUUUCUUGAAGACUUUUCUUGCAGGUCAGCUCAUGGCAGCCAUUGGAAGGGAUGCCAAUGAGCAGAUGUAUCUAGUGUUGUGGGCUGUAGUUGAGGGUGAGAACAGUGAAAGUUGGGUGUGGUUCAUGAAGAACAUGCAAAAGUGUUUGCAGCUUGGAGAUGGGGUUGGCCUCACUGUCAUCUCAGAUGAAAACCCUGCAUUGUUGACAUCAGUUGCUAGUGUGAUGCCUAUGUCAGAGCACAGACAUUAA